GGAAGCGGGGAGCCGGACACCCCGGCGUCCCUGGAAGUGGGGGAGGCCGGGGUGGUGCUGGGGAGGCGGCGCAGAGCCAUCGUCCCGGAAAGCCCCGGAUCGGGGACAGGGCCUCUGGGACUGAGAUAGUUACGCCAAGCUGAACCAUGGCUAGACGGCCUAUCCUCUUAGGCGACCAGCUGGUUCUGGAGGAAGAUUCUGAUGAGACCUACAUCCCCAGUGAGCAAGAAAUCCUGGACUUUGCCAGAGUGAUUGGUAUCGACCCUGUCAAGGAACCAGAACUGAUGUGGCUGGCGAGGGAGGGUAUUGAGGCUCCAUUGCCCAAAGGCUGGAAACCAUGCCAGAACAUCACAGGUGAUCUUUACUAUUUCAACUUUGACACUGGGCAGUCCAUCUGGGACCAUCCGUGUGACGAGCACUAUCGGAAGCUGGUCAUCCAAGAGCGGGAGAAGUGGUCGGCUCCUGGGGCCGUUAAGAAGAAAGACAAGAAAAAGAAAAAGGAAAAGAAAAACAAGAAGGACAAAGAGACCUCCAAAAGUCCUCUGGUCCUGGGUUCCCCCUUAGCCCCAGUCCAGGCCCCUCUUUGGGGCUUGGCUCCCUUACGAGGCCUUGGGGAUGCCCCAUCCUCUGCUCUUCGUGGAUCCCAGAACAUGAGCUUGGGGAGCUCGGCAGAUUCUGGGCAUCUUGUGGAGUCCAUGCUGCCUCCACAGAGUCUCAAGGCUGCUGCUUACACAAAGGGUCUCUUGGCUUCUGUCAAUGAGGGCAAGAAUGCUCUCAGCCUCUUGACUUUAGGGGAAGAGACCAACGAGGAGGAUGAAGAGGAGAGUGACAACCAGAGUAUCCGAAGCUCCAGUGAGCUUCUCAAGAACCUACAUCUGGACCUUGGUGCCCUGGGAGGUAACUUUGAGUAUGAGGAGUCUCCAAGAACCAGCCAGCCAGACAAGAAGGAUGUUUCUCUUGACUCAGAUGCCGAUCGCCCCCCAACUCCCGGCAAGCUGUUCAGCCAGGGUGCAGACAGUAGUGUGGGCAGUGCCAACGGCAGCAAGUCCCAAGGAAGAGGGGCAAGUCCCUGGAACCCACAGAAAGAAAACGAGAAUAGCAAUCCCAAGGCUUCUUCAAGUCAGGUGGCUCCUGGGUUGGACCCUGGGGGUGAUCAACCUUCCAGGGCCUCUAAAAAGGAGCAGGCAGAGGACCCGGCAGGUGCAGGAGAGGAGGCUUCCAGGAGGGAAAGUCCAGCCAAGGAGCCAAAGGAGGCUUCUGCCCUGGAGGAGAACACCUCAGACGUCAGUGAGGAGUCAGAGAUCCACGAACACUUGAAGGAUCCCCAACACUCAGAGUCUAAAGCUUCUGACACUAAGUCUUUCCUUGGCCUGGACUUUGGCUUUCAUGGCCGGAUCUCGGAGCACCUGCUGGAUGGUGACAUGCUUUCUCCGAUCGUGGGUGGAGCCCAGUGGGAGGCCCAGGGGUUAGGCCAAGAAGAACAAGAUGACAGCAAGUCCAGCAGAGCUGAGCCACAGAGCAAGCAUACCCAAGUCUCGGAGAGGGAACAGCUCCAGAGUGCUCUUCACAGCCAGGCCACUGAGGAAGGGCCUCUGCAGACCCUGGAAGGGCAGCCUGAGUGGAAGGAAGCAGAAGGGCCUGGGAAGGACUCUGUAGCCAGCCCCACCCCACUGUCCCUCCUCCAGAGGGAGCAGGUCCUGAGCCCGCCUGCUUUCCCUGAGAGGGCUGAGGAAAAACACUCCCAGGCCGAGGAGCUAGGCCUUGGGCAGCAGGAGGCUGAGGAGACCGAGGAGAAGGUGGCAGUGUGUCCCAGCUCACCUGUCUCUCCAGAGGUGCAAACUGCAGAGGCUGCAGCUCCUCAACGGCAGUUCUCAGAGGCUAUACUGAAGGGCAUGGAAGAGGCAGUGACCCAGGAACUGGAGGAGGACCAGAGGCUGCUGCUGGGGUUGCAGAAAGAGAAGCCACAGCAGCUGGAAGAGGGGCUGUGGGAGGAGGAGGAAGAGGAAGAGCGCCAGCUUUACCAGCAGAAGGAGAAGUCCCUCAGCCUUCUGAAAGCACAGCUACAGAAAGCCGCUGAGGAGGAGGAGAAGGAAGAGGAGACUCGGAUAAGAGAGGAGGAAAGCCAGAGGCUGGCCCGCCUCCGGGCCCAGGUGCAGUCCAGUACAGAAGCAUUUGAGAACCAAAUUAGAGCCGAGCAACAGGCUGCCCUACAGAGGCUUCGAGAAGAGGCAGAGACCCUCCAGAAAGCUGAAAGAGCCAGCUUGGAACAGAAGAGCAGGAGGGUUCUGGAGCAGCUGAGGGAGCAGCUGGAGGUUGAGGAGAAGCGUGCACAGGCGGCCUUGAGGGCAGAGAAGGAGGCAGAGAAGGAGGCGGCUCUGUUGCAGCUGAGGGAGCAGCUGGAAGGGGAGAGGAAAGAAGCAGUGGCAGGCCUAGAGAAAAGGCUCAACGCUGAGCUGGAACAGCUCUGUUCCUCAAUGGAAGCCAAACACCAGGAGGUGAUCUCCAGCCUCCAGAAGAAGAUAGAGGGGGCUCAGCAGAAAGAGGAGGCCCAAUUACAGGAGAGCCUUGGGUGGGCCGAGCAGAGAGCUCACCAGAAGGUUCAUCAGGUGAUUGAGUAUGAACAAGAGCUCAGCAGCCUCCUUCGAGACAAGCGCCAGGAGGUAGAGAGAGAGCACGAGAGGAAGAUGGACAAGAUGAAGGAGGAGCACCGGCAGGAGAUGGCCGAAGCCAGAGAGCGAUAUGAAGCUGAGGAGAGAAAGCAGCGUGCUGACCUCCUGGGGCACCUCACUGGAGAGUUGGAGCGCCUGCGAAGGGCCCACGAGCGAGAGUUAGAGAGCGUGAGGCAGGAGCAGGAUCAGCAGCUUGAAGACCUGAGGCGUCGACACCGGGACCAAGAAAGGAAAUUCCAGGACUUAGAGCUGGAACUCUCGUCCAGAACUAAAGAUGUCAAGGCCAGACUGGCUCAGUUGAAUGUUCAGGAGGAGAACAUUCGGAGAGAGAAGCAGCUGCUCCUGGAUGCUCAGAGGCAGGCUGCUCUGGAGAAGGAGGAAGCCAAGGCCACCCACCAGCACCUGGAAGAAGCGAAGAAGGAGCACACGCACCUGCUGGAGUCAAAGCAACAGCUGCGAAGGGCCAUCGAUGACCUGCGGGUCCGGCGGGUGGAGCUGGAGUCCCAAGUGGACCUGUUGCAGACUCAGAGUCAGAGGUUGCAGAAGCACGUGAGCAGCCUAGAGGCCGAAGUACAGAGGAAGCAGGACAUCCUGAAAGAGAUGGCAGCCGAGACUAAUGCUCCCUCACACCCAGAGCCAAGUCUCCACAUUGAGGACCUGAGGAAAUCCCUUGGCACAAAAGAGAACCAAGAGGUGUCCUCUUCUCUCUCCCUGAGUAAGGAGGAUAUCGACUUGUCCGUGGAGAGUGUCCGGCAUUUCCUCUCUGCUGAGGGUGUAGCUGUCCGCAGUGCCAAGGAGUUCCUGGUGCGCCAGACACGCUCCAUGCGGAGGCGACAGACCGCUCUGAAAGCUGCCCAGCAGCACUGGCGUCAUGAGCUGGCCAGUGCCCAGGAGGUAGACGAAGACCUGCCAGGCACUAAGGUCCCGGAAAACGUGCGCAAGAACUUGGAUGAGGAGACCAGGCACUUGGAUGAGAUGAAGUCAGCUAUGCGGAAAGGCCAUGACUUGUUGAAGAAGAAGGAGGAGAAACUGAACCAACUGGAGUCUUCUCUACAGGAGGAGGUCUCUGAUGAGGACACUCUGAAAGGAUCCUCUAUCAAGAAGGUGACCUUUGAUCUCAGUGACAUGGAUGAUUUGAGCAGUGAGAGUUUGGAGUCCAGCCCCAUGCUGCACAUCACCCCGACCCCAAACUCUGCCGAUCCCAACAAGAUCCAUUACCUGAGCAGUUCCCUCCAGCGAAUCAGCAGCGAACUCAAUGGCGUGCUGAACGUUCUGGGAAGCCUCAACUCGCAGCCACCGCCACAGGGCCUCAGCAGCCAGCCGCCCCCGCCUCCGCUCCUCACCUCCUCACUUCGGUCCUCCAAGAACGUCCUUGCCCCUGCCUAUGCCUCCCAGACAAAGCUCUCAUCCUUAUCUUCCAUCACACCCACCUCCACGCAGUGGGCCUGGGACCCGGGCCAGGGCACCAAGCUGCCCUCCUCCUCGUCCUCCUCCCAAACCGUGGACGAUUUCCUGCUGGAGAAGUGGCGCAAGUAUUUUCCCUCUGGCGUCCCGUUGCUCAACAGCUCUCCUCCCCCACUGGAGAACAAGCUGGGUUAUGUGUCUGUCAGCGAUCAGCUCCACCUCCUGCAGCGUUCCCACUCUCGAGUCCCCAAGACGGACAGUGUCAGCAUUCAGAGCAUGAUCGAGUCUAACCGGAAGUGGCUGGAACAUUUCCGGAACGACCCCAAAGUACAACUUUUCUCCUCGGUGCCCAAACCAACAACCACAACCACAUCGAACUUACUGCAGCUGGGCCUGGAUGAGAACAACAGACUGAAUGUGUUUCACUACUGAGCCCCGUGUGGGGCCAGGACAGUACCGCCGCCCCCGCGGCCUCCUCCUCUCUAACAAGUGCCUGAGGAGCCGCCAGCACUUUAUUUCUCUCUCAUCAAGCAUGUCCUCCGUUGUGUACUCCACCUAGGACUUAGAGGAACCACCACGAAGGUACGUGGAAAGUAUGCUAUAGACGGCCACACACGCUUCAACUGUGGACUGGCCGUGAGCAGAAACAUGUGGACAUCUUCGAGCUUCUGCAUCAAAGUGGCACUGAGAUGUGGCUGCUGAAGACUUCAGGGGUGUGGCACCGUAGUUAAAGCAACUGCUUUGGGAGGCCUAGGGAACCUCCUUGGAGGCUGGCUUCCUGCUGAGGGCGUGGUCCUUUCUCUACACAGCCUCCUAGCGUGGCAUGCCCCGAGACUUGGCUAUGCUGGGCCUGUGCCUCUUUCUGAUACCUCAGCCCCGACAGGAUCACACCUGUCCCUCUCUUUUUGCUUUUUUUCUUUUUAAAUGUCUUCUGACUGUCUCAGGUUUGGGCUCAGCUGCCUGAGCCCGGCUGGCCGUUGCUAGCGGGCCCUAGAGGGAUGUUCUGCCUCCUUCCUGUCAGCGGGCACUGUGCUUUUUUCAUUGUUCUCAGGAACACAUUUCCCUCCCUUAGGAUGCUCUCUGGAGCUCUCCCUUGCCCUCAGGUCUCAAGCACCUAUCUCUCCAGGAAGCUAAAAAGCCAUAGAGAAAAGAGAAAGAGAGGGAUGCCUUCUGCCCCACCUUGAUAUUUCUCUUCUUUAACAUCCCGAUUGUGUCUGUGAGCCCUGUUUCCAUCUGUCCUUCUACCUGGGCCACCCCUGGCUCAGUCCAACUAUCAACUCUUCCCAGAGCUUGGUGGAUGGGGCUGGAUGGGGCUGACUCAAGGCCAGCACUGGCAGGGGCCAUCUUCCAUCAGGUGCUUCUGGCUCAAGCCUCCUCGGCCCCCACUUCCCCUCCGCCAGCUCUGCAGGAGCUGCAGGUGAUGUUCUCAGCAUCUGUCUCAUUGUUUAAACAAAAUGCCCUCAUUUUUCUUGUCUUGAGAAGCUGCGGGUUGCCUUUACCCUUACAACCCACAGGGUCUCACCGAUUCAUUGUUCAUUUCUUUGCCGCGGAAUAAACUUCGAUCAGCCAGUUGGCUUUUCACCCUCUUAGAUAUUUUUUAGUCAUCGGCCGACCACACACAGAAAAAGUCCGUUUUGUUACUUGUUCCACUCUGUGUGCCUUGAGAACCGCUCAUGUGAUACGACCAACUCUGGUGACAAUCUCUGUGUUUUGUUUUUUUUGUUUUUUUGUUUUUUUUGCAUCUAUUAAAUCUCUGUAAGUCAGUUUUCUAUGA